GGCGGGGGGGUCAGGCAGCUCCCUUUCCCGACCUCGCCUCGGAGACGCCGCCCCCGGGAGGAAGGUUUCCCAAGGCGCCGGGGCGCGGUGCCGCACAGCACAACGCCGCGCGCGGAGGCCCGGGCGGCCUGGCGACGCCGCGGAGGCCGCGCAUGGAGGGCGCCGGCGCCCGCAGCGUCCUGCUGACGGGCUGCGACGGCGGCGUGGGGCUGGGGCUGCUGAAGCGCUUCCUGGAGCAGCCCAGCCCUCCGCGGCACCUCUUCGCCGCCUGCCUGGACCCCGCCGGGAAGGCUGUAAAUGAGAUGGCUUUGGGCUGCCCCAACGUCGUGGUCCUGCCUCUAGAUCCCACAGACCCCAACAGCAUCAAGGCGGCGGUCAAGACGGUGGCGGAGCGCGUGCAAGGCGCCGGCCUCAAUCUCCUGAUCAACGGCGGCGGCACCACGCGGCAAAGCACCCUGGAGACCGAGACCGUGGAGAACAUGAUGCUCACCUACACGACCAACACCGUCGGGCCCCUGCAGGUCAGCCAGGCGUUCCUGCCCCUGCUGAUGGAGGCUGCCCGGGCCGACAGCCGGGGUGGCCUGAGCUGCAGCCGAGCCGCCAUCGUGAACAUCUCCAGCAGCCUGGGCUCCAUUGAAGCGCCCGAAGCCUGGGAGCAGAGACAAGACGUCUGCUACCGCUGCAGCAAGGCCGCUCUGAACAUGCUCACCAAGUGCCUGUCCCUGGAGUACGGCGGCAGCGGGAUCCUCUGCGUGGCCGUGGACCCCGGCCGCGUGACGCCCCCCUCGGCGGGGCAGAAGGGCCCCGUGACGGUGGAGGAGAGCACGCGGGGCAUCCUGAGCGUGCUCGCCACGCUCUCGGCCACCAGCAACGGGACCUUCCUGGACUGGAAAGGGCAGCGCCUUCCCUGGUGAGCAGCAGCGCCGCGUCUCGGCGGCGAUGCCCCCCGGCCGGCAGCUCGCACCGGAGCCCUGUAAAGCUGAUUAAAGGCCGUUUCUAGCCUCUC